AUGAAGGGUUUGGGGGACGUUUUUGGUUCCAGCCGAGAGCUCGUGCGCAAGUUGAAGGCUAUAGAUAAGAGAUACAACAUCUGGGUAGAUUCGGUUUAUGUACAAGAAGAGCGGCGCAAAGAUCAAAUGAAGGGAGAUAUUCUUUCCGACCACUACGAUCUGUGGCUCGCUAAGCACACUACCGACAUGGCUGGCCUGAUACCGCCAGAGACAAAAUUGACAGCAGUAUUCCGGAACCUCACCAGAAUCAUUACCACGAAUCAGAGCUACGAUGCUCAUUUGUACAGAGUUGCAGUCCAAGAACUCGAGAAUCUCAAGCUGGAGAACGUUGUAGCGAUAUGGAUCAACCAAACGAAUGCACUUCGUCCAGGGAGCACAGUCUUAUCAGCCAACUCAGAGGUUCUGGAAUCCAAUGUCCAUGAGACUGUUCAAAGUCAUUCAUCCUCGCAAAUUCGGCCUUCAAGUCCCUCGUCCUGGACUCCUGGAUGGUUCGCGAAAAAGAGACAGUCCACGUUUUCGAGUGAUACGACCUUCAAAUCGGAUUCCGAUAAGGCGUCCAUUGGCUCUGCUCCAAAUAUUCCAAUACUACAGAUGGAAGACCCUGUUUUGCGUCAAAUUAUCAACAUGGGGAAGUCCUUUAUCAAGAGAGGAGAGCUGGACAAUGCUGAGAUAGCUUUUCAGAGAGCAUCUGCUAUCUUGCACCCCAGAUCAAGAAUGUAUGAUAUGCGUGUCUCUUCUCCCGAAGUAGAUGCUCAGCUUGCCUGUAUUGCCUUGUACAGAGGUAAGUAUGCAGAAGCUCAUCGCAAAUUUGAAGCGCUGCUAGAUUGCCCUAUCCCACAAGAGCAAUUGAAGAACGAGUACAAUGCAGAGAUAUGCAGAUGGAUAGGUGUUGCAUUACUUCACCAGGGAAAAUAUGAAUCAGCGAUAGUGCAAUUCCAACAGCUCUUGCUGCAAUCCCCCAGAUAUUCAAGCGAUGAAGAGGUACAGAUCCGCCGAGAUCUUGCACUAGCUUCCGCUUACUCGGGCAACUUUGAUGAAGCCUUUGGACAGCUGAAAAUGGCUAAUGAAUGCUUACAAAUCUUGGAAGAACGCCAAGCACUAGAACAAAAGAAUUCCAUGGAGAACACGACGACGGGAAGGGAAACAACAAGCACGCAAGCGGUACAUCCCACCGUCACUCCUCGGCCGACAAAAUCAAACGACAAGGAGGAUACUUCAUCUGUGGACAUGCCCCUGAGAACACCAAAAACCUCUGAACUGAAGGCUAAAAAGGACGGACUUCUUUUCACCCAAGCUAAGAUUGCAUUGGCAUAG